AUGAAGAUUCUUGCUAUCCUUUACAAUGGUUAUGAACAUGCCGAGGCAGAGCCUCGCCUACACGGUACCGUCGAGAACAAGCUCGGAAUUGAAGGAUGGCUUGAAUCGCUCGGUCAUGAGUUUAUUGUGAGCAGCAAUAAAGAGGGACCUGACAGCGAUUUCCAGAAACACAUUGUCGAUGCCGAAGUCCUGAUCACUACUCCAUUCCACCCUGGCUAUUUGACUCGUGAUCUCGUGGAGAAGGCCAAAAACCUCAAGCUCUGUGUGACCGCGGGUGUCGGUUCAGAUCACAUUGACUUAAAUGCCGCUGUUGACCACAAAAUUCAAGUCUUGGAGGUUUCGGGGUCAAACGUUGUUUCUGUCGCUGAGCAUGUUAUCAUGUCCAUCCUUCUUCUUGUGCGCAACUUUGUUCCGGCACACGAAAUGAUUGAGCGAGGCGAUUGGCACGUGUCCGAGAUUGCUCGCAAUGCUUUUGAUCUCGAAGGCAAAGUUGUCGGAACCAUUGGGGCUGGAAGAAUCGGUUACCGUGUACUUCAACGUCUGGCUCCUUUUGACUGCAAAGAACUCCUGUAUUACGAUUAUGCACCGUUACCUGCUGCAUCCCAGCAAGCUGUAAAGGCUCGUCGUGUUGAGGACAUAAAGGACUUUGUAUCUCAGUGUGAUGUUGUCACUGUCAACUGCCCUCUUCAUGAGGGUACUAGAGGACUUAUCAAUGAUGAGUUGCUCUCUCACUUCAAGAAGGGAGCUUGGCUCGUCAACACUGCCCGAGGAGCAAUCUGUGACAAGGACGCAGUUGCCCGCGCCUUGAAGAGCGGACAGCUUUCCGGUUAUGCUGGUGAUGUAUGGGAUGUUCAGCCGGCUCCCAAAGAUCAUGUCUGGCGUACUGCAAAGAACCCUCUAGGGGGUGGAAAUGGCAUGGUUCCUCAUUAUUCUGGCAGUACCAUCGAUGCACAGGCGCGCUAUGCUAAUGGUGUCAAGAGUAUUUUGGAGAACUACUUCCAUGACAAGCCCCAGGAGCCUCAGAACAUUAUUAUCGGGCUUGGCAAAUAUGAGACUAAAGCUUCAUUGUACAACUUGGAGAUUUUCAACGAAAGUCACCAGUUAUCUGGUCCAUCCAAACGUUAA